AAUAAUAAUAAAUUUUAAAAUUAAUGAAUCAAUCAGUGUAAUGAAUGAAACACGUUCGCCUGACAAAAAAUGUGUAAUUUAAAAUUUUUAUUAAUGUAUUCCAGUAAUAAAAUUACUGUGGACGAGAAAAAUGUCGAAAUAAGAGCAAAUAAUGAAAUUCGUGUCAUUUGCAACGAAAGCGGCAACAACAGCAACGGCCACUUGCAGUAUUUCAGCCAAAAUAAUAAAAUCGAGAUGAAAAAUGUGCACAACAAAUGGAAAUGUUGAUUCACACAUUAAUUAUAUCGCUCCUGCUGCCACUCGUUGUCUUGCCAACGGCAAUAGUUGGUGGCGGAGGAGCAAGUGGUGAAAGUAGCAGUAACGCCAACAAAAUUACUAACAAUAUAAACAGCGGCGGCAGCAACACUGCCAGCAACAACAAUAAAAAUAACAAUAUUAAUAAUAACAAUAAUAAUGGUCAAACGCAAAAUGAUGGAGUUCCGUUGUCAUCGCGCAUCGUGAAUACGAAAUAUGGUGCCGUGUCGGGCACAAUUUUACAUUUGGAGAAUCGGCAUUUGGAUGCGGUCGAGGCAUUCCGCGGGAUUCCGUAUGCGUCGCCGCCUGUGGGUUCGUUACGGUUUAUGCCGCCUGUAACGGGAGCACUGUGGAGUGGCAUCAAAAAGGCCGACCAAUUCGGUCCCGUGUGUCCGCAACGCUUUCCCGACAUAAGUAACGAGACCGCAGCAUUGGAAAGAAUGCCCAAAGGCCGUUUAGAAUAUUUACGACGUUUAUUACCUUAUCUGCAAAACCAGUCAGAGGAUUGCCUGUAUUUGAACAUUUAUGGACCCGUUCAAGCUGGUUCCCGUGAUGGCAAUCACCCGAAAUAUGCCGUUAUGGUGUUCGUACAUGGCGAAUCCUACGAAUGGAUGAGUGGAAAUCCCUAUGAUGGCUCCGUGCUAGCUAGUUAUGGACAAAUUUUAGUCGUUACAAUUAAUUAUCGGUUAGGAAUACUAGGAUUUUUAAAUGCCAACGUCGAUCGUUAUUCAAAAGCACCUGCCAAUUAUGGUCUGAUGGAUAUUAUAGCUGCCUUGCAUUGGAUCCAAGAAAAUAUCGAGGCAUUUGGCGGCGAUCCAAGAGCAGUAACUUUGGCUGGAUAUGGUACGGGAGCGGCAUGUGUGCACUAUUUAAUGACUUCAAGUGCUGUACCAGAUGGUUUAUUAUUUCAUCGUGCCAUGCUAAUGUCUGGCUCCGGAUUGGCGCCCGCCUCAUUAGUUGGCGAACCUGCCAAAUAUGCUGCCUUCGUGUCACACCACGUCAAUUGUUCCGCCACGCUGCCGUACGCCCAACUCAUGAAGUGUUUGCGUGAAAAGCCCCUUGCUGCGUUGUUGUCGGCUCCUGUACCGCGACCACCUUUCGGUCAGGCAUUCGGACCGAGUGUCGAUGGAGUAGUGAUAGACGUUGAUGAGGUAUCGCCCACAGAAACAGAUUACGGCGUCCCUAAUUUAGUGAUAAAAAAGACGCCCCGACCAUUUAAUACCUUAAACACAAUUAACUCAAUUUUGCUGAGAAAAUCUGCGAUAAAUAAGUUAUCCAAAUACGACUUAAUGGUUGGCGUAACACGUGCCGAGUCAUAUCUCGUCUUCAACUCGGACGACGUGCAGUACGGAAUUGAGCCAGAUCGUCGUUCCAAAAUCCUGCGAUCGUUCGUGAAAAACACCUACAGCUACCACUUGAACGAAAUUCUCGCUACCAUCAUCAAUGAAUACACGGACUGGGAACGUCCGGUGCAACAUCCCAUCAAUAUCCGCGACGAAACUGUCGAGGCACUAAGUGAUGCGCAAAUUGUCGCGCCAGCUACGCACACCAUUGACCUGCAUGCCGUCGAUCGACGUCAUUCGUACUUUUAUGUGUUCGAGUACCAGAGCAAAUACGGGGAUUUUCCACAACGUCAAGGAUGUGUGCAUGGCGAUGACCUUCCCUACAUUUUCGGUGCACCAUUAGUUGGUGGUUUUAAUCAUUUUCCUCGCAACUACACAAAGUCCGAGGUUGCGCUGUCAGAAGUUGUCAUGGCAUACUGGUCGAAUUUCGUGCGAACCGGGAACCCGAGUGACCAGGGCACACCUGAUUCGCAGCAACACCAAAAACGUGUAAAAACAUUCGAGUGGGUCCCGUACGAGAGCGUGCACAAAAAAUACUUGAAUCUAGAUAUCAAGCCCAAAAUUAAAAAUCACUACCGUGCGCACCGUCUUUCGUUCUGGCUGAAUCUCGUGCCGGACUUGCACAAGCCGGGCGGCGACGACGUUCCUAAUUCGCAUCACAGCUUAGAGGCGGACGAAGAUUUGAUGCUCAGUUCGACGGUGAAACCCCUGAAUCCGCCCCUGAAUAGCUCCGUGCAAACGAUCGGCAGCAUUUUUCCCUUUUUGAAUAUCUCGUAUGGCGGUAAUGCGUCGUCGCGCGCUACGGUGCAACAAAAGCAAAUACCUGCUGCGGGCGACGUCGACAUGAACGACGAGUUUGGGCAGCAGAGCGGAACAAAUGCACCGCAAGAAGAUGGCUUUGCCGCCUACAGCACUGCCUUAAGUGUCACAAUUGCCAUCGGAUGCAGCUUGCUCAUCCUCAACGUUUUGAUUUUCGCGGGCGUUUAUUACCAACGAGACAAAACGCGGCUCACGGAACCCUUUCAUGGGCCCAAAAAACGCCCCGAAAACGGCCAAAUGCCGAAUAACAUUUGCGGCGACUUGGAAAGUCUCACGAUCCACGCGAAAAACGAUCCGUCGACAAUUUUGGCGCAUCACGCGCACGCCAUGCAACAUCAUCAGCACCAGCCGCCGCCCGAAUUUGCGGAUAUCCGGGCUCCGCCGCCGCCCAAACACAUCAAAUCGGGCAGCGGAAAUGGCGGAGACGCGUCAAUGAUGUCGCAACAACACACACUGACGCUAAUUGGGGGGAAUUGUGGCACGUUAACGAAGAAAAAUUGCUCGAAAUCGAAUCUGAAUGCGAGUCAUCAGCACCAGCAUCAGCAUCAGCAGCAAACUAGCAACGCAAUGAUGAUGGAUGAAUUACGGGUGUGACGCUAAUUCCCCUGAAUUACUACCUAGGAACGGAAAAAUCAUAAUUUUUUUAUUUUGCUUUUUUUUAUCGAGCACAAUACACUUGGGACGACUACCUACCAAGUUGGGGUCGAGGCAAUUAUCAAAAAUGUUUUCGAUUUCUCA